UGGUGGGUGUCUCUCCCUAUCGCUCCUUCAAGUGCGUGUGGGGGACACCCCUGAAGCUUGCAGCUGGCAGAACCCAGGCACAGCAACAGACACGAGAUGGGCUCUAAGUACCCACGGUCCCUCCGCUGCUGCCUGCCCCUGUGGGCCUUGGUGCUACAGACAGCCUUUGUUCUCCUCUUCUGUUUUUUCAUCCCCCAUGACACAGCCCAGGUGGAUCACACGUUCAUGGCGAGCUAUCAAGUCCUCCGGAAUUUGACCCUCAUGGCAGCCUUGGGCUUCGGCUUCCUGUCCUCGUCCUUUCGGAGACACAGCUGGAGCACUGUGGCCUUCAACCUCUUCAUGUUGGCCCUCGGGGUGCAGGGGGCAAUCUUGCUGGACCAUUUCCUGCGUCAGGUCCUUCAAUUGAACAAGAUCAACAGUCUGUCCAGCAUCCAGACAGCUACCUUGAGCACCUUGCCUGUGCUGAUCUCAGCGGGCGCUGUCCUGGGGAAGGUCAACCUGGUGCAGCUGACCGUGAUGGUGCUGAUGGAGGCAAUGGCCUUUGGUGCCAUCAGAUUUGCCGACGAGAAGGUCUUCAAAAUGACAGACCACACCAUCAUGAUGCACGGACACGUGUUUGGGGCCUAUUUUGGGCUGACUGUGUCUUGGUGGCUUUCCAGGUCUCUGCCCCGGAGAGUGGGUGAGAACGCCCAGACAGAAAAGGUUCAAAUGGCUACGAACUCCAGUCUGUUUGCCAUGUUGGGCACCCUCUUCUUGUGGAUAUUCUGGCCAAGUAUCAACUCUGCUCUCCUGGAAGGAACAAAGAAAAGGAAUGCUGUGUUCAACACCUACUACGCGCUGGCAGUGAGCGCUGUGACAGCCACCUCCAUGUCAGCUCUGAGUCACCCCCAAGGGAAGAUCAACAUGGUUCACAUCCACAACGCAGUGCUGGCAGGGGGCGUGGCCGUGGGCGCCCCCGGUUGCCUGAUUUCAUCUCCUUGGAUUUCCAUGGUGCUGGGCCUCACAGCGGGGUUGAUCUCCAUCUGGGGAGCAAAGUGUCCACGGGCGUGUUUGAACCACAUGUUGCAGAACCCCAGUGGGAUACACUACACCUUCGGCUUGCCUGGUCUGCUGGGAGCACUUACCUACUACUGCCUUCAGAUAAUGACAGAGCCCAAGUUCUCGGAUCUCUGGAUCAUCACCCAGACGGUCACUUACAUUGGGGCUCUCAGCUUCGCUGUGGCGAUGGGUAUGGUGACUGGACUCCUCACAGGUUGUCUCCUAAGUGUCAAGGCGUGGCGGGCUCCCCAUGCGGCCAAGCACUUUGAUGAUCAGACGUUCUGGGAGUUCCCGCACUUGGCUGUUGGAUUUUAAGCGAAAUCAUCUGAGAACGAGGCCGGGCGAGGAGA